UCUGGUUCACAGGGACAAGAAAAGCUUGGUCAAUUAAGUGAGAGCAUGGACCAUGGAGGAGUUGGCCAAUAUGACCUUGGCAUGGAACAUUGUGAAAAAUUUGAGAUUUCAGAGACUAGUGUAAACAGAGGCCCAGAAAAGAUCCGACCAGAGUGCUUUGAGUUACUCCGCGUACUUGGCAAAGGUGGCUAUGGAAAGGUAUUUCAAGUACGAAAAGUAACCGGAGCAAACACCGGGAAAAUAUUUGCCAUGAAAGUUCUUAAAAAGGCAAUGAUUGUAAGGAAUGCAAAGGAUACAGCUCAUACGAAAGCAGAGCGGAAUAUCCUGGAGGAAGUGAAACAUCCCUUCAUCGUAGAUUUAAUUUAUGCCUUUCAGACCGGUGGAAAACUCUACCUCAUCCUUGAGUAUCUCAGUGGAGGAGAACUAUUUAUGCAGUUAGAGAGAGAAGGGAUAUUUAUGGAAGACACAGCUUGCUUUUACUUGGCAGAAAUCUCAAUGGCACUGGGGCACUUGCAUCAAAAAGGAAUCAUCUACCGUGAUCUGAAGCCAGAAAAUAUCAUGCUUAAUCAUCAAGGUCACGUAAAACUGACCGACUUCGGAUUAUGUAAAGAAUCUAUUCACGAUGGAACAGUCACACACACAUUCUGUGGAACAAUUGAAUACAUGGCCCCUGAAAUCUUGAUGAGGAGUGGGCAUAAUCGUGCUGUCGACUGGUGGAGUUUGGGGGCAUUAAUGUAUGACAUGCUGACUGGAGCACCUCCUUUCACUGGGGAGAACAGAAAGAAAACAAUUGACAAGAUUCUCAAGUGUAAACUCAACUUGCCUCCCUACCUCACACAAGAAGCCAGAGAUCUGCUUAAAAAGCUGCUAAAAAGAAAUGCUGCCUCACGCCUAGGAGCUGGUCCUGGAGAUGCUGGAGAAGUUCAGGCUCACCCGUUCUUCAGACACAUUAACUGGGAUGAGCUGUUGGCACGAAAGGUGGAACCUCCUUUUAAACCCUUAUUGCAAUCUGAAGAGGAUGUGAGCCAGUUUGAUUCAAAGUUUACACGUCAGACACCAGUUGAUAGCCCAGAUGACUCUACUCUCAGUGAAAGUGCCAACCAGGUCUUUCUGGGUUUUACGUAUGUGGCUCCAUCUGUACUUGAAAGCGUAAAAGAGAAAUUUUCUUUUGAACCAAAAAUUCGAUCACCUCGCAGAUUCAUAGGUAGCCCUAGGACACCAGUCAGCCCUGUAAAGUUUUCCCCUGGGGAAUUCUGGGGAAGAGGUGCUUCUGCCAGCGCAUCAAAUACUCAGACACCUGUGGAAUAUCCGAUGGAGACCAGCGGAAUAGAACAAAUGGAUGUGACAGUCUGUGGAGAGGCCUCGGCACCACUUCCAAUCCGGCAACCAAACUCUGGGCCAUAUAAAAAACAAGCUUUUCCCAUGAUUUCCAAACGACCAGAGCACUUGCGCAUGAAUCUAUGACAACACAAUUUUUUAAGCCUUUGAAGGUGGAAAACAAAGAACGGACAUAAGCCCCCUUGAAGUUGAAAUACGAGGGCUUGUAUGGUUUACUUUUAAAAAGUGACAGUAUCAAAGAGUCAGUCAUUGCACAGAGCGACUUGGAAAGCAAAGCAAAACGGAUUUUUUUCUGUCAAUCAAUGGUGCAUAAAAAACUUUAGCAAAUGGUAUUGCAGAACUCUAGGCACAUCAUCUAACUGAUUCGCAGUGACAUCUUCUCACCUUAUCAAGGAUUUUUCAGCCUGAUAGCUUGAAAACUGACAGUAUUAAGGGUCAGGAUGUUGCUUCAGAAUCACUGGUCUAGUCGUGAAUGUGUCAAGGAGGGUUAGCCCUUUCACUAGGCAAAGUAUGAAAUGCCUACAUGCUUGCGUCUGAGGCAUAAUUAGCAUGCAAGCUUGGUUAAGCUGUUUCCUACAAUGGGGUGGAAUCAAAGAUGAAAGAUAAAAUUGAUUGGUAUUUCACAUUCAAAACAUAAUGAGUUUUUUAUAUAUAUAAAAAUAUAUAUUUUUCAAAUAGAUUUUUUGAUUCAGCUCAUUAUGGAAAGUAUCCCAAAAUUAAACAUGCAAAACAAUUGGUUGCUAUGAAGAAAGCAAAGGCUCUAGUUCCGAUUCUUCUCCUCGCGAAACAACAAAUCAAUAAGCAAAUCACUCGGUUACCAGCUUGGCAAUGUGGGGUGGGAGAGAACUGUUUCCCUUGCUUACCCAGCUGAAAUCCCUGUUCCUGCAAAGACGAAUGGAUCUAAUCAAACGGCAGUGCUGCUAUGUUCUAGGCUUAACUGGAAGCCACGGGCUCACACACACGUCCUGCUUAUUUCAUCCUUGUCCUCAGCAGACAUUUCACUGGGAAACGUCACUUUUGUACACGCUAGUCCUUAGGUGGAGACAGCUGAACACAUUCAGAUUCUUACCCAUAAAAAAGAUCAGGACAAAGUGCAUCGGAACACAAGGUCAGUAGAAACACAGGGAGUACCACAGGAGACAUCCACAAGUUCUACAGAGUAGAAGCAAACAAACCUUUUUGUAAUCAGUGGGUAAGAAUUUUGAGAAUUGGGGUUUUUUUAGUAAAAUUUUGCUUAUGGGA